GGGAAGUGGCCGUCCCGAUGGCAUCAGAAGUGAACGGGCAUCCAUCUUCGUCAGAAAACGGCGUUGGAGGCGGCGGCGAGGUAUAUCUGGUGACGGGAGGGAGCGGGCUGCUGGGCCAGGCGCUCAAACGGGUCGUCGAGGCCAGCGAGGGUGGCGCAGCAAAGGGCAGCAGCAAGUGGGUAUUCCUGUCGAGCAAAGAUGCCGACCUGCGGUGCGCGAAAGAUCUGGCGAAAGAGAUGAGAUGAGAUGAGAUGAGAAGGAAUGUCAUCCACUGUUCUCUGUGUGUAUGUGUGUGCAGAGACUAUGAGUCGUCUCGUCGUUUGUUCGACAAGCAUCGACCGACGCAUGUGGUGCAUCUGGCCGCCAAGGUUGGCGGCCUUUUCGCAAACAUGGCAGACCAGGUCAGUGAGGUCAACCAAUCAACUCAGCUCCACGCCAACCUUGCACAGGCUUGUGGUUGCCAUGUGUGUGUGCCAGGUGGGGUUCUUCCGGCAGAACAUGCAGAUGAAUGACAACAUCGUCUCACUCUGUCAUGACUACAAAGUUAGCACACACGCACAAACAAACAGAUAUCCAUCCCGUUAUGGACGGGCGGAUCGAUGGAUGGAUUGCGUGUUGUGUGUGUCGUGUCGUGUCGUGUCAGGUGAAGCGUGCUAUCUUCUGCCUGUCGACGUGCGUCUUCCCGCCAUCAGCGCCCAUGCCGCUCACCGAGGACUCGCUGCAGUCAGCACAGCACAGCACAGCACACACAGAGGGCUGGGUGUGGCAUGUGAUGGAUGUGAAGGAUGGGUGGUGUGCGUGUGGUUGACUGACUUGUGACUCAGUUCCGCCCCUCCCCACCCGUCCAAUGAGGGCUAUGCCAAUGCCAAACGGAUGCUCGAGUGCCUCGCCAGGUCACACACAAAGAAAGAUAAACACACCUGCCUGACUGCCUGCCACUUCCUCUCACACACGUGUUGCUGUGUUGCAGAUAUUACCGUCAGCAGUACAAUGACGAAUUCGUCUGCAUCAUCCCCACCAACCUAUACGGACCCAACGACAACUUCAACCUCGAGGUGGCUGGGCCUCAUGGCACUUAACGCCACGGGCGCUUAAGCCACCGCAUGUUGUGUGUGUGUGCCGUGUGCCGUGUGUGUGUGUGUAUGUAGGAGGCGCAUGUGAUCCCUGCGUUGAUCCACAAGUGUUACCUGGCGCAGCAGGACAACCAGCCGUUCGUCGUGAGCGGAUCGGGCAAACCGCUGCGGCAGUUCCUGUACUCGGACGACUGUGCGGUGAGGGAGCCCAUCCUUAGACACACAGUGACGGAGAGAUGGUUCCUUUCGUGUGUGUCGUGUGUGCAGCGGAUCAUUUACGAGCUGCUGCGCACAAGUUCCGAGAAACUCACCUUCAACUCCAUGAUGUGUGUCGGGGACACCGGUACGUCUGUCUGUCUGCAUGGGCAUGGCGCACGCACACCACGGACGGACACGGCAACAUGGGCAGCUCAGCUGUUUGUCUGUCUGUCUGUCUGUCUGUGUGUCUGCCACACACUUGUCCAUCAGAGCAUUCGAUCAAGCAGGUGGCUGACGCCAUCGUGUCGGCCAUGGAGUUCAAGGGCGAGGUCAAGGUGAGCAAAGCGAUACAACAGCAUCGAUUACACGGGCGGGCGGGCGGGCGGGCGGGUAUCCUCCACAUCAUCCUUUGUGUGUCUCCGUCCCUCACUCCCUCUCAGUACGACACGUCAAAAGCAGACGGCGUCUACAAGAAGGUACCUAGAAGCGGACCUGCCUACCUAACGAAAGAAAGACCGAGUCUGGACCCUUUUCUUCAUGUAUUUAUUUGUCUGUGUGUGAUUGGUGUGUCGGUCGGUCAAUCAGACUGCGUCCAACGCUAUCCUGCGGGGGUUCAUGCCCAAGGACUUCACACCCAUCCCGCUCGAGGAAGGUGCGCAACCGAUAGACAGACGGCAAUAUCAUAUGAUGGCCGGAGGGAUGGGCACGCCGACCGGAACCACCUGUGUGUGUGUCGUGUGUGUCAUGGCUGCUGUCUCUCUCAGGCAUCCGCCGGGCAGUGGUGUGGUUCAAGGACAACUUCGACAAGGCCAGGAGGUAGAGACGGUGGAUGGAUGGAUGGAUGGACGGAAGAAUUCAGUCUCUCCCUACGGUCCGGCCCACGUGUGAUUAGCCUCUCUGUGUGUAGCUUAGCUCCGGCCAGCCGGCCCGGCCUAGUAGUGGUGGAGUGUGUGUGCACGUGUGCCAUGCAGCAAUUACAAGGGAAAGGGAGAUGCCUAGCUAGGCAGAUAGAUAGGGCUGCCAGGGAGUAGGGAGGGAGGGAGAGAGGAUGGCUCACCUAUGCGUUAGUUUAUCGGUAUCGCUCACUGACUGACUGACACGUGAGUAGAGAGAGGACCGACAGACAGACGAUGGCUGCCGGUGGACUGGACACCACGAGAGAACAAAUGAGUCAGUCAACCUCUAGCACGGGCCACACAGAC